ACUUGAAGACGGAGAGGUGGCCCCGGAGCCCGGACUCGCUACUGAGGUGUGAAGAGGUUUGUGUCCUUAAAACACAAUAAUUAGACAUUUUCACCUACUGGCAGUCACCGUGCCCUUGUAAAGUCACACAGGGCACGCCAGUCGGUCAGUUUUUCAGUCUGUGUUAAAGCCUACCCAUGUACGCUGCAGCACCUACACACGAAAAGUAGCUUGAUGAGUAUCCAAAGUAGUGGAAGUUUGGAGGGGACGCCAUCUUUGGUCCCAGCUCUCCACGUCCCCAACACGGACUGUGUUUUCAGCUACAUACCACGGCAGUGGUGAAGGUCCAGAAAGGCACCAUGGAGGAGCUGCACAGCCUGGACCCCCGGAGACAGGAGCUGCUGGAGGCUCGUUUUAUGGGCGGAGUCAGCGGCAGCACAGGGGGCAGCACUGGCAGCGCAAGCGGGGGAACCAAAGGCUUGACCAAUAAUGAAUGUUCAAAUCACAGUUUUGGAAGUCUAGGAUCUUCAAGUGACAAGGAGUCGGAGGGGUCUGAUGUGAAAAGAGGGAGCUCUCCUGCUUAUUCGACCCCAGAGAAGAAACAGACUGAAACAACUAGAGGCAGAAAAAGGAAACCUGAGAUCCAGUCAGAGAGCAGCCAAGGAAAAUCAUCUGUGCGAGGACCCAAAAUAAGUGAUUAUUUCGAUUUCCAGGGAGGAAAUGGGUCCAGUCCUGUGAGAGGUCCCCCACCAGUGAUUCGUUCGCCCCAGAAUUCACAUUCCCACUCGACUCAGGGCACUUCUGUUAGACAAAAUAGCUCAUCUCCUACUAGUCUGUCUUUUGGGGACCAUAUGGCACAUCCAAAGCAACUAGCAGUCAAAUUUGUUCAGACUGACCUUACAGUGUUAAAAUUGGCUGCCCUUGAAAGCACCAAGAAUCUAGACCUUGAAAAGAAGGAGGGCAGGAUAGAUGACCUGUUAAGGGCAAACUGUGAUCUCAGGAGACAGAUAGAUGAACAGCAAAAAUUACUCGAGAAAUACAAGGAACGCUUGAAUAAGUGCAUCACCAUGAGCAAGAAGUUACUUAUAGAAAAGAGCACCCAGGAGAAGCAGGCCUGUCGGGAGAAGAGCAUGCAGGAUAGACUACGUUUAGGCCACUUUACUACAGUGAGACAUGGGGCCUCAUUCACAGAGCAGUGGACAGAUGGCUAUGCCUUCCAAAACCUUGUCAAGCAGCAGGAGUGGAUAAACCAACAGAGAGAAGACAUUGAGAGGCAGAGGAAACUUCUUGCCAAGAGGAAACCUCCAUCUUCCAACAACUCCCAAACACCAACCACAAACUCUGAGCCAAAGCAACGGAAAACCAAGGCGGUGAAUGGAGCAGAAAACGAUCCCUUUCUAAAACCCAGCCUACCUCAGCUGCUGACAUUAGCAGAGUACCACGAACAGGAAGAGAUCUUCAAACUGCGACUUGGACAUCUGAAAAAGGAAGAAGCUGAGAUCCAGGCAGAGCUCGAGCGUCUGGAGAGAGUGCGCAACCUUCACAUUCGGGAACUGAAGAGAAUAAAUAACGAAGACAGCUCACAAUUUAAAGAUCACCCAACGUUGAAUGAAAGAUACCUGCUCCUGCAUCUUCUGGGUAGAGGAGGCUUUAGUGAAGUUUACAAGGCUUUUGACUUGAUUGAACAACGAUACGCUGCUGUGAAAAUCCACCAACUUAACAAAAACUGGAGAGAAGAAAAAAAAGAGAACUAUCACAAGCAUGCAUGUCGAGAGUACAGAAUACACAAGGAGUUGGACCAUCCCAGGAUUGUGAAACUUUAUGACUACUUCUCACUGGACACAGACACGUUUUGCACCGUUAUGGAGUACUGCGAGGGCAACGACCUGGAUUUCUACUUGAAGCAGCAUAAAUUAAUGUCUGAGAAGGAGGCACGGUCCAUAGUCAUGCAGAUUGUAAAUGCACUAAAAUACCUGAAUGAAAUCAAACCUCCCAUCAUCCAUUAUGACCUUAAACCAGGUAAUAUCUUGUUGGUGGAUGGCACAGCCUGUGGGGAAAUUAAAAUCACUGACUUUGGUCUUUCCAAAAUUAUGGAUGAUGACAACUACGGCGUAGAUGGGAUGGACCUGACAUCACAGGGUGCAGGAACCUACUGGUACUUGCCUCCUGAGUGUUUUGUGGUUGGUAAAGAACCUCCAAAGAUCUCCAACAAGGUGGAUGUGUGGUCUGUGGGUGUCAUCUUUUUCCAGUGUCUGUAUGGAAGGAAGCCUUUUGGCCACAAUCAGUCACAACAAGAUAUCCUGCAGGAGAACACCAUACUCAAAGCUACCGACGUUCAGUUCCCUGUGAAGCCAGUUUCCAGUAACGAAGCAAAGGCUUUCAUACGGCGGUGCCUGGCAUACAGGAAGGAGGACCGGAUUGACGUUCACCAGCUGGGAAGUGACCCCUACUUGCUCCCUCACAUCCGGAGAUCAAGCUCCUCUGGAAAUCUGCAAAUGAGUGCUGCGGUCUCAAGUCCAGCCUCCUCCAGCAACAUCUCAUAUUGACAAUUUUGAAUUGUGACAAAAAAAACAACAAACACACACAAAAAUGUAAAACUUGAUGACUGAAGUUGCACCUGCAGAGCUCUUCAGAGGCUUGGGCUCGUGAGAGGAGGAACAGCCAGCGAUGGAAGGAACAGGGGCUCAGGUGGGGGGCAUCACCUGGCCUCCUCUGACCUGUGCCAGGCUUCUACUUGUUUACCAGGGCUUGAUCAGUUGGAGGGACAGUAAAGGGACGGGUUAAAGGACAUGGGUAAAUUGGAUCUCGUUGAAGGUCUAACAAAAAAAAAAAGCACUGAAACUGACUACAUACCUUGAAGAAAAUGUGACUGGACACUCGGUUCGGAUCUUGCUGAUGGACACAGCCUUAAAGGGCCGAAGGGAGACUUUGGCAGACCACCAUUUAGAUUAAAUAAUGUGGUCGUGCCAGGGUGCAAAUGAUUCAGCUGCUAGAAGUUAAUUUACUGUGAGGAGAAGACAGUCAUUGUUAAGUAGAACUACAAAGAUUUCACCAUUGAUUUGGGUAAUUGUUUUGUUUUUUUGUUUUUCCACAAAUGUUAGGCUUUAAUUUGAGUUACUUAGCCAUGAGAAUGUAAUGUGUAGCAUACAAGUGGCAACUAGUGUCAUGUAGAUUGGGGCAGCAUACUUACGUUUAAUGCACAAAAUAACCAAAUGUAGAAAAAAUUAAAUUGUAUAAAAAAAAAAAACCCUAUGCAGGAAUAUUAACAGAUAAAUUGGAAACUGUAUAUGCUGUACAGGUGAAUUUUCAAAUUUUGAGCUGCAGCAGUAAUGUGUACAAAGAGUUCAAACUUUUCCCAAUGUAAGAGUAGUUUCCUGGAGUGGUUUCAUUUUGCUGCUUUGUUGCUCUUACUUUUCAAGGGCUUUAUGUUCCACUUCGGGUACAAAUUGUACAGUUCUGCUAAGAGUGAAUAAAUACCAGGAAACUUUUUCUCCCCAUU